GGGAAUCUCUCCUGGCGCUACCGGAUGCGUCUGCUCUGGUUAGCGAAGCCGUUUUCCACUCACGCGUUGAGUUUGUGGCCAGAACUCUCCAGACGUAGGGUUCUAGGGGUGUCGCAUCACUGGGAGGGCAACAUCAAGACGGCAUACUCCUUGCUGGUGUGAGCUCCCCUGCGAUUGGGUCUGGAACCUCGAACACAGCCUCUACUUAUGUGUACGGACAAUGGUGCAGAGCGGGCGGGAUUGGCAGCUCUCUGUACCAAAUACGGACAAUGAACGUGAGCCACAAGAUCAUAACUACGCAUCCUCGACCGAACCUCGAGGCAGAUGCACGUUCACACCCUCGAUGCACUUCCCCAGGUCCAUGGGCAUGCAUAUAAAAGGGACGAGGCCCGAGCUCGCUCUUCCCUUCGACUGACCGAUCUCGUGUUACUGCUGUUUUCUCUUUCGCUGUCUUCCGUCUACUCUGUUGCACUCAAUCUCCGCACCAGGCACAGAACCGUCUUGUUGCUGUAUAUCGCAGAACCUCAGUACCACAAGCUCAAGCUAUGGCGUACACUCCACGGCCCGGGAUGACCCCACAUUCCUAUUCCCAACCUCUCUAUCCCCACACCCCUGGCCCAGGUGUCCCUUACCAGACGUCCAGGGUCUCC